AUGAUCCCACCGAAUGUUUCAUUAGUUAAAUAUGAUGUACCUGUGCUUAUAACAAAGAAACAGGAUAAUAAAAUCCAAAAUGGCCCAGUAAUUAAGGGGAUUCCAAAGGAAGUUAAUAAUACUGGACCAGUUCCAUCAUCUGGUCUUAAGUCGUGUGGCAUUAAGGCUUGUGAUGAGAAGUAUUCUCAAGCAGUUGAGGAAAUUUUAAACUCUAUUAUUCCUCCGAGAGAGUGGACUGAAAAUGACAAACUUUGGAUUCAACAAGUUUCCAGUACACCAGCAACAAGACUAGAUGUAAUUAAUUUGCAGGAGGAGUUAGAUCGAAGGCUUCAACAAAGACAGGCUAGAGAAACAGGAAUUUGCCCAGUUCGUCGUGAACUAUACUCCCAGGUUUUUGAUGAAUUAAUUCGUCAAGUUACAAUAAAUUGUGCUGAAAGAGGAUUACUUCUCCUAAGAGUAAGAGACGAAAUAAGAAUGACUAUUGCUGCAUAUCAAACGCUCUACGAAUCAAGCGUUGCCUUCGGUAUGCGUAAGGCAUUACAAUCAGAACAAGGAAAGGUUGAUCUUGAUGGAAAGGUAAUCUGUUACGAAUGCUUAAAAGUCUGA